CGCCGCGCGGGAGCGAGUAACUGAACUCUCAUGAUGGGGAAGUAACUGUCAGUCACAGACGAGUCUGCGGAGACAUUUUCACAAGUAUUUGUCUCAUUCCUGAAGAUUUGCAGCACGAUUUCUGUGAACAGUGUGAACAUGUUUUCUCGAAAGAAAAAGGAGCAGACGACUAAAGCUUCUCCAGCAUCCAAAAAGAGCAACUCCGCUCAAAACCCUUCGUUGUCCAUCCUUCAGGAACACUCUCAUAAUGACACUAUCGAUGGCCCCUGCAUGCUGACCCCUCCUGAUUCAGUCUCCUCAUCCUGUCCGGGAACACCGUCUGCCCACUCCAAGCUAACAGGAUGCAGUUCACCUGUUGGCACACUCAAACGGCCCACGGCUCUCAGCCGCCACGCCAGCGCUGCCGGGUUCCCCUUCCAGACCUCUGGGACAUGGGGCUUCCAUAAGGGCUACGUCCGGGCCGCUCUCAGCUUUGGACAGGCGUCGGAGGGUGCGGAAGCAUCGGUCAUCGAGGUAGAGGACAUUCCCUCGCUGCUAAGAGACGUUGCCCGCUUUGCAGAGGCUGUGGAGAAACUAAAGGACAUGGUGCUGGGCGAAGUGAAAGAGGAGCCGUGCAGCCGGCCGGCCGUUCACGAGUGUUUAGGGGAGGUUCUGCGUGUUUUGCGGCAGGUAAUCAGCACGUAUCCUCUGCUGAACACCGUGGAAACGCUCACCGCAGCUGGAACUCUUAUCUCAAAGGUCAAAGGGUUUAGUUAUGAAGGCACGACUGACGCUCAGAAGAAAGACUUUGAGAAGGCCAUCGAGACCAUUGCCGUGGCCUUCAGCAGCAAUGUUUCAGAGUUGUUGAUGGGAGAGAUUGACAGCAGUACUCUUCUGUCCCUGCCGCCGACAGAAAAGAGCAGGUCUAUGGAGGACCUGUACAGGGUGUCAUCAGGUCAGGGUCCUGAAGGAGGAGGAAAAUACGACCAUCAGGACUGCAUGAGUCCACAGGAAGUUGAUAUCCUCCUGCAGCGCAGUGAAGGUGGCGUGGACUCGGCUCUGAAUUAUGCCAAAUUUAUCGCCAAAUACAUGAAGGACAUCAUCAGCUACGUAGACAAGAGAAUCGCUCUCGAGAACGAGUUUUCUAAAGGUCUUCAGAGACUCUACCAGUCCUGCAAACAAAACAUCAUACAGGAACACAUGCCGUUGUUGUCUAUCUUCUCUCUGGCUCUCGAGCAGGACUCAGAGCAGAGCUGCGGUUUACAGCAAGCCACAAAUAACAUCUACACACACUCGUUUCUACAGCCCAUGACACAACGCAGACAGGAACAUGAGAAGAAGCGCAGAGACAUUAAAGAGCAGUGGCAGAGAGCCAAGAGAAAACUGGCUGAUGCUGAGAGUAACCUCCGCAAGGCGCGUCAUUUGUACAUGGGCCGCUGUGAGGAGUACGAGAGAGCUCGGACAGUAGCCAAUAAGGUUGAAGAGGAACAAAGCGGAACAGGAAGUGGCUCGACCACUAAAGCCCUGGACAAGAAGAGACGACUAGAAGAGGAAGCACGCAACAAGGCGGAGGAGGCCGAGGCAACAUAUCGCACCUGCAUCGCUGACGCCACGACUCAGCAGCAGGAGCUGGAGGACAUGAAGGUGAACGUGCUCAAACAGAUCCAAGAACUCAUCAGACAGACAGACCAGAUCCUGCGAGCGUGCACCAUCUCUUACUAUCAGACGAUGCAUGUGCAGACAGCAGCACUGCCGGUGCAUUUCCAGACGCUCUGUGAGAGCUGUAAGCUGUACGAUCCGGGUCAGCAGUACGCUUCAUACGUCAAAAACCUGCAGCUCCGCACAGACCUGCCCGUACAGUACCAGUUUGAGCCGUACUCUGCGUCCAGCCACCAGCAUGUUCGAACCCGGAACAACAGCCUCUCUAAUGACCAGCGGCAGAACAGCUCUGAAGCUCCUCCCACCACAGAGGAGGCGGGAUAUGGAGAGGGCGCUGUGGUUAAACAAAGACGAAGUCAAGGUAGAGACCAUCAUCAAGCUCAUAAGUCCUGGCCGUCUACAUUGAGUGACACGGACAGUGUUGGUCCAGGAAGUGGACUGGGCUCCCCGACCUCCAGCACAGGUGACAUCUCAAAACCUUCAAGGCCAGUUUCUGCAGCCACCUUGUCGUCCAAUGAAGAUUUAGAGGAGAGAGACGGCACCAUUACCCCAUUUGAACAAAGUAUAAAUGGGAUUGAACCGGAAAGCGUGGCGCCCACUGGACCUUUCAAAAAUGUGGGAUUGUCCAAAGCUGCAAAAACCCAUCGGCUGCGCAAACUGCGCACGCCAUCAAAGUGCAGAGAAUGUGACAGCUACGUUUAUUUCCAGGGCGCAGAAUGUGAGGAGUGUUUCCUGGCCUGUCAUAAGAAGUGUCUGGAGUCUCUGGCCAUCCAGUGUGGUCAUAAGAAGCUCCAGGGUCGUCUGCAGCUCUUCGGCCGUGAUUUCUCUCAGGUCCUGCAGGGUGACGUGGAGGGCGUUCCCUUCAUCAUCAAGAAAUGCAUCACAGAGAUCGAGAGGAGAGCGCUCAGAAUGAAGGGAAUCUAUCGCGUGAAUGGCGUGAAGACCCGUGUGGAAAAGUUGUGCCAGGCAUUUGAGAACGGCAAAGAGCUGGUGGAGCUCUCGCAGGCGUCUCCACAUGACAUCAGCAACGUAUUAAAGCUCUACCUGAGACAGCUCCCAGAGCCCAUCAUGCCCUUCCGUCUGUAUAAUGAUCUGAUGGGACUAGCGAAGGAAAGCCUGAACUCAGACGGCUCGGAGGCCGGUGAGGGGGGGAAAAGCCCAGAGCUGGUGGAUCGUGGGUCAGAAACAGAACCAGAGGUGCUGACGUUAGUGCAGAAACUCAGAGAGCUGCUCAAGCGGUUGCCACAUGCUAACAUCUCCACGCUGAAGUACAUCGUCCGGCACCUGCGCAGAGUGUCAGAGUUGGAGCAAGAUAAUAAAAUGAGCGCCAGCAAUUUAGGCAUCGUCUUCGGCCCGACCCUGAUGAGACCCAAACCCACCGGAGCCACGGUGUCGCUCUCUUCUCUGGUGGAUUACCCUCAUCAGGCUCGCAUCGUAGAGGCUAUGAUCGUCUUCCAGCAGAACAUCUUCAUCUCCUCUUCCUCAGUCAGCUCUCCAGCUCAGAGCCAGGACUGUGAGGCUGGAGCUCAGGAAGAGCCAAACAGAGCCGAUCUGGAAUGUGGUCAUUCGGUGGACUCCUCUGGCUCUCAGGAGCGUUCGCUGGACUCAGACUCUGACGUGGAGGAUCCGGGCAGAGGAAGCAGACAGCACCCUCCUCUGGUGAGUCAGGAGAGUGAGACCAGCACAGAGGACGACCAGAUGAGUCCCAGAGCGAGUCUGGACCUGAGCGGACUCGUUUCAGAGACCAUCCCAGAGCAGACCACCGGUACAGACCCGCAGUCAGAUGACGCAGAGGAAACCAACUCCGAGCAGGUCUCAGAUCAGUAAGACGAGGGAGGCAUUAGUCAGGCCAAAAUAUUAGAAAUGUGUUCUUUCUGUAUGCAUAUGUCAAUUCCCAAAAGUCAGAAUAGCAACAUUUAUUUACAUUUACAUUUACGGUUUUGACUGACAGGCAAACGAAUAUGACCUCUCAGUGACCUCUAACCUUUUUUUUAGAACGGAGAUCAGUGUAGUUUCAAAUAUUGGCUGAUAUGAACUGGAUGUUUAUAUAAUAUCAGUCUCUUUAUUCAGUAUAACAGAUCAUCUGUGCACUAGUCUGCAUAAACCACAAUAAUUACUGUCCUUCAAAAACAAACAUGAACAUCAUUAUUAUUUAAUACAUUUUCAAGGCGAGUCAGUGUGUAGAUAUUAAAAGUGCUUUGCAUAAAGUCUCAAUAUAUGUAUUGAAAGGAUAUAUAGGAACUUUUAACAUUUUGAUAUUUAUUAUAGUUUCUUCUAUGCACUGGAAAUUUUCUUUUGUUUAUUGACAAAAGAGCAUCAAAUGAUGUUACGGUUAAAUGAACUAACAGUGGUGCUGCUGGUCAGUGCCGGAUUCUCGUCUCUUCCAAACAUUUGCUUCAUUUGUAAUAGUGUGUGUAUUUCAGAAAUGAUGGUAGGAUGGUUGUUCCCGCAGGACUGUACAGUGAGAUCUGGGACUGUAGCUUCAUCUGAACCAUGUUAACAAAAGCUCCACUUGACUUGAUUGAUGACAUGUUGACUUCAUUCACAUCCGUUUUGUACAUUCUGAAACUGUAUAUAUUCAAGGAGACAUUUAUGACCAAUGAGACAAUCGUUUCUAUUAUAUUUGCAGUUAAUAAUUUACUUUGUAAACUUUUUGCCAUUUAUGUAAAAUGUUCACAAAACCCUAAUAAAACCAUUCAAUGAAACAAAAA